CAAAAAGAAUGGGUUUAUUUACUGUGCCUAUUUUAAUUUUGCAUUUUCACUGAGCUGCUGCAGUACAGCUGGUGUUUUGAGGUUUGCCCACGUCGUCAUCUCACACAGUCAAACAACAAAGGCAGCCCGUCAUCGAGGGCGCCAGACUCAAACAAAUGAGAAAGAGAUAGAAUCCCACAGCAAAAAAAAUACAUACGUAAUAAUACAUUCGUUUAAGUAAACGCAGAGGGAGCUGAAAGCAGCAAGGAGUUGAGAUCUUCUCGUCACUCCCCACAAUGAAGACCUAUAAACCAGCACUGCAGACUAAAGCGCAAGAGGAGUGUGGUGUUUGGCUGGAUACAGUGCAGCUCAAAGGAAAAGCUAAACAGAAACGCCCCACUCGUCCCAUUUCUAAGCUGCUGAACCCGUUUGCUGGAGGUAGUGGAUACAGCUUGGCUGUGGCUCUCAAUUUCACCCAGACCAAAAUGGAAAUGCCAAAAACCAAACAGAGCUCUAUAUCAGCCUUUUUCACACGUCAACCCAGAGUUCCUAGUAAGAAGUCCACUUCUGAAGUACCUAGCAUGGAUCCAGGGCAGACUUCCCCACCUUCUCCCUCAACUGCACCUGUUGUAUCAGGGAUAAAACGAAGACGAGGAAUAUGUCAUGAAAAGCCUGACUCUCAGUCUGGUGUGGAUCCGGAGUGGAAAAGUGAAAGUCUGACAGAGUCGGCAGUCUCACAGGAGCCAGGUGAAGAGAAUGUUAUGCCCUCUCAAAACAUGUUCUGCCACUUUGAUGAAGAGCAGUCUAAUGAGUUAUAUCCACCUCAGAGUAAGAGAAGGUUCGCAGACACUUCCUCUUUAGCAGAUGACAGUCAGCCUCCUCCUCAAGCAUGGAGUCAGGAUCCACUGCUCACCUACAGCCAAUAUUGUGACAGUGAACCUUACCAGACUGAUCAGGGAUUUAAUGAGUCAGCUUUCUUGGGCAGUCUACAAAACGAGGAGUCCAUUGGAUUUGAGUUGGAGAUAAACAGGAGAACCUCCACACAAAAAUCCUCAAAACAUAUUCCUUCUUCUCAAUUUGAGGAUGACAAAGAAAACAAUGGAUAUUUCUUUUCUAAGUCCCCAAAGAAGCUCUCAUCAUUCUCAACUAAUGAACCUCUUUCACAUCAUGAAUGGACACAACCAAAAACACCGCCUCGAAAACACACUAAAGACCAACUGUAUACAGCUGAUAAAGAAGAGCGAGACAUGUCACACUUUAAGAAGACAAAACCAAGUCGUUCUCCUCUCAAAAAACAAGCACAGAAGCAGCAAAGUAAAGGCAUGGAUGAGGACAGUCUGAACAUGCUGUUCACCCAGGACUCUGAAGGAUUCAGAGUGAUUGCACACAGAGGUCUGCAAGUCAGGAGUCCACUCAAAGAAAGUAACAACAGCACUGGGGCUGUGAGAACUAGUGCUUAUAAGUCUUUGGUGGAAGAGGAGGAGGAGGAAGAUGAAAUGCUCUUUACUCAAGAUUCACAGGGCAAUGUGGUGAUCAAACACUGAUUGCAGCAUUUUAAACUCCAAGGGUUUUGCUGAACAUGGCGAGUUAACCACUACUUUUUGUAGUAGACUUUACAUAAAAUAUUUUAUCCUUUUAAAAUCUGUUAAAACAGGAGUCUUUUGUUGUUUCUGCAUCGAUUUUAAUAAGCCACUUUGUGCUUCAUAAAUACUCCUGCCUCUUUUCCAGUGUUAAUGUUUUUCUGUGAUACUAAUAUCCUUUAUUCAUUUUGUUGUGACGGAGGUGCUGCUCGUUUGUGCAACUAGAACAUUUAGACACUGUGAUGGGAAUGCUGGCUUCCGUCUAGGCCAAUGCCAAUUUACUCGAUCAAAUAAAGAUGCAGUUGUGCUAUGAAAAGUUGAAAAACUAGACUAGAGUUCUUGCCUCAUGGUUUGCCUCUGCAAACCACUCAAGUUGCAGUUUACAUCCUGUUCGUACUUGCAUAUGCAGUGACUAGAAUGACUGUAAUAAAAGGUCUGGUUUAACAUAAUCCUGAGUUAUGGCCAGUAGUAUCUAGAAGGUGUUUUUUAUUUUAUUUAAUUUUUUAAAUAAUAUGAGUGAUGUUGAAGAAAUUGCAGUACUCGUAUCACUGACACAAACAAACCAAAUGUGAGAGUUUUGAUUUUAUUUGAAAAACGAUACACGAUUACAUUAAAUUGUGUACAUGUAAAUUUAACACUUUGAAAAUCAUUGGUGGUGGACAGUGCUUCUCUAUGCUGGUGCUUCAUAGUACAUCCUAGUACAAAAUAGAAUAAUGUACAAAGAAAUAACGAGUGAGGUGCUCAGGUCUAUCUAGUACUGUCAGUAUUGUAAGGUACACGACAAUAAUGAAUAACUAAUGGAAAUUAGUCAGCAAGUACCUGCUUAAUUAUUUUGAUCAGUAGAUUUCUUCUUGUUCCUGCAGAACAUCGCAUUCAUUGUUGGAUGUGGCAUGCACUGACAAGACAUACAGCAUUUGUUAUUAAAGCAAAAUACACUAAACACUGGUGCAGAGAUUUCGUUCACAAAGUGAAACCAUUUUACAUGACGACAUGCACCUAACAUAACUAAACAAAUCAUUAGAUGGAAAAGUAUUGAAUAGUCCCAUAAUUAACUUGAGUUUUUCUUGUCUGCUUGGCCACUGAAAGAUGUAUGUGCAUGUUUAUUUUCUUGAUGAAUAAUGGUAUUGCUGCUGUGGUUAAACUGGUUGACGUGCGGUGAUAAUAAUGGUAAUAAAGAGUAUUUAGAGAAGUUGAAAGACAAUGAUAUUUUGACAAGAGGAUUGCUCUUAUUUCAGCAGUUAUACAAUCUUACAUAAAUGCUUUUAUUAUACUCUUA